AUGUCUUUCGCUCCUCGUGGACGUGGUGGAUUUGGUGGUGACCGCGGUGGCCGUGGUGGUGGUCGAGGUGGCUUCGGCGACCGUGGUGGCCGCGGUGGUGGUCGUGGUGGCUUUGGCGGUCGUGGAGGUGGCCGUGGUGGAUUUGGCGACCGUGGCGGUCGUGGAGGUGGUCGCGGUGCUCCCCGUGGUGGCCGUGGUGCUCCCCGUGGUGGCCGUGGUGCUCCCCGCGGUGGCGGCGGUGCUCGUGGUGGUGCCAAGGUUGUCAUUGAGCCUCACCGUCACGCCGGUAUCUUCGUCGCUCGCGGCGGUAAGGAGGACAUGCUUGUGACAAAGAACCUUACACCUGGAACUGCUGUCUACGGCGAGAAGCGCAUCUCUGUCGAGGGCGCCCCUGCUGAGGAUGGUGCUGUCACUAAGAACGAGUACCGUGUCUGGAACCCCUUCCGUUCUAAGUUGGCUGCUGGUGUGUUGGGUGGUCUUGAUGACAUCUACAUGAAGCCCGGCUCCAAGGUUCUCUACAUCGGUGGUGCCUCCGGUACCUCCGUUUCUCACGUUGCUGAUAUCGUCGGACCCACUGGUAAUGUCUACGCUGUCGAGUUCUCUCACCGCUCCGGUCGUGAUCUGAUCGGCAUGGCCACUCACCGUACCAACGUCAUCCCCAUCGUUGAGGAUGCCCGUCACCCUCUCCGUUACCGUAUGCUCGUGCCCAUGGUCGAUGUCAUCUUCGCCGAUGUUGCCCAGCCCGAUCAGGCCCGUAUUGUCGGAUUGAACGCUCACAUGUUCCUCAAGAACGAGGGUGGUGUCAUUGUCUCCAUCAAGGCCAACUGUAUUGACAGCACAGCCAAGCCCGAGGUUGUGUUCGCCAAGGAGGUCCAGAAGAUGCGCGAGGAGAAGAUUAAGCCCAAGGAGCAGCUGACUCUCGAGCCUUUCGAGCGUGACCACUGCAUCGUCGCUGGUAUCUACAAGCGUACCGCAUAA